GUGGUAGAUAAUCAGUGGAUUUAUGGAAUGAACAAUAGAACUCGUUCGAAUGGCAUCGUACCAAUAAGUUUUCUCGAAAUAAAAAUACCCCUUCCGUCGUUAGAGACAAAUCAAUCGUCAAAGCAUUUUGAUGUAUUCUAUGUUUGCGCAUUAUAUGAUUAUAAUUCGGGCAUUGAAGGUGAUUUAAAGUUUCAUACAAACGAUGUAAUUAGAGUGAUUGAAAUUGUGAAUAACGAUUGGUAUCGUGGUGAACUUAAUGCGAAUUGCGGUAUUUUUCCAUCAAGUUUUGUGCAACGAGCUGAAUUAAAUGGUUCAAAAACAAAUACAGUAACUGCCCUAUAUGAUUAUAAUAGUGGAAUUUUCGAAGAUUUAAUAUUUCGAAAAGGUGAUGUGAUCGAAGUCGUUGAAUGGAUCAGUGACGACUGGUUAAGAGGGAAAUUAAAUGGAUUAAUCGGACUUGUACCGACAACAUAUAUAAAGCAAACACAACAGCCUAAAAUGGGAGCCAAAAGCACUAAAUUUUGUUCUUAUAUUGUUACAGCUAAAUAUGAUUAUUUAAAUAGUUCCAGUGAUCAUUUAUGCUUUUCAAAAGGCGACAAAAUUGAAAUCAUCGAAGAGAUUGAUGAAAAUUGGUUAAAAGGUAAAUUGUUACUGGAUAUGCCGAACAUGAAAUCGCUUCCCUCUGGACUAUUACCUCGAGAAAUCGUUCAGUAA